GUGCCUUAAAGACCAGGGUUAGGGAAACACUGUCCAAGGCCAUAGUGUACAGGUUAAUCUGACUGUGACAGAGAUGAAAUCCUCUAGGGGGCAGUAAACUUUAGAAACCAACUGACAAAACUAAAUAUGAGGCCUUUCGCUGGAUACAUAAUCAAAUUCAUCAAAAUAUGUAGCUGUAAUCAGUUUACUUUUGUGUAAACAGCCUGAAAAUAAUAUUUUCCUAACCUGAAAGCAGGACGCUGAGUGCAUUUCUACAGUUUAUUGCUGAAGUUUGGUAGCUGCUUCUCAUUUAAGGCUUUAAUUUAAACUCUAUUUUACUAGUGUUCAAUGAAAUCAUUAAUAUAACUAAUUGUUUGGCAGCCAUUUGUUUCACUCUGCAAAAACCAUUGCCAUUGUUUGCUGGAUUUUUAAUCUGAAACAGUUGGCUUGGAGAAUAGAUGAAAUUAUGUUCAGAAUUUUAUAGACAACAAAUUAACGCUCCAUGAUGGAAACAAAACAGAAGAACAAGAAGCAAAAAAAAGAAGAAGAAGAUGCUGGCGUUGGAGACCGUCGUGCUCUGCCUUCUCCUCGGAGCCCUGACUCACGCCGAGAAAGCAGACUGCAACCAGAGGAAAGAAUGUCCCAUACACCUGUACUUCACCAUAGACACAUCUGAGACCAUCGCGUUGCAGGAGUCGCCCCCUGGAGCGUUGGUGAAAAGCAUCCGGUCAUUCACGGAGCAGUUUGUGCGGCGAUUGAAAGAUGAAGAAAUCCGGAACGCUGUUCCAAUCACCUGGGCUAUCGGCGGACUGCACUUCUCCCAGACACAGGAGGUUUUCAGCCCCAUCCAAGGAAAGGACGCGUUCCUCUCCUCUCUUGUGAGAAUUGAGAAGUACCUUGGAAAAGGGACCUACAUCGACUGCGCUCUCCGAAGAAUGUCCGAGGAGAUGCUGCUUGGACCCGCUUCAAGUGUCACACCCCUGCGGUUCGCUGUGGUCAUCACUGACGGCCACGUGACUGGAAACCCGUGUGGGGGCAUCAAGGUCUCGGCGGAAGACGCGCGUGAUAAGGGCAUCAGGGUGUUUGCCGUGGCAGCAUCGACGAACAUCGAGGAGACGGGACUGAAAGAGAUUGCCAACUCCCCGGCGUCGGUCUUCAGGGACGACUUCAUGGCUGUGGACCUUAGCAAAGGCAGACCAACCAUACACACCGCAACGAUUGACCGCAUUAUCAAGACAAUGAGACAUAUGGCAUUCGUAGACUGUUAUAAUGUGUCGUGCCUGGAGACAAAAGGGCAACCUGGUCCAAAAGGGCACAGAGGACAGAAAGGAGCUAAAGGAGACAACGGUGAAGCAGGACUAAAGGGUGAAAGAGGUCGCCCAGGAGACCCCGGCAUUGAAGGUCCCAUCGGUCAGCCUGGUGUAAAGGGUGAACCUGGUUCAAAAGGCGAGAAGGGGGAGAUUGGAACUCAGGGCAAAAAGGGUGUGGCUGGUAUUCCAGGACGUAACGGAACCGAUGGACAAAAGGGAAAACUUGGACGGAUUGGUGCCCCAGGCUGCAAAGGAGACCCAGGCGACAGAGGUCCCGAUGGUCAUCCAGGAGAUGUCGGCGAACGUGGUCCUCCAGGAACUGAUGGGGAGAAGGGUGACCCUGGGCGCCCAGGAAGAGCCGGUCCCCCUGGCCCGCCUGGAGAAGAUGGAUCACAGGGAGAAAGAGGAAGUAAUGGGUCACCUGGCGUUCCUGGAACUAAAGGAGCCUCUGGAAUCCCUGGAAGUCCUGGAAAACGAGGCGAGGAAGGAAGAAGAGGAGACUAUGGGCCCAAAGGUGAACCUGGACCAGAUGGUACCAAGGGAGAGAAGGGCGAAAUGGGACCAGAGGGCUUGAGAGGAGUCCCUGGAGAACCAGGAAGCAAAGGUGCAAAGGGAGACACUGGCUUGCCAGGACCUAGAGGACCACCAGGAGCUUCAGGGGAGCCUGGAAAAAACGGCACCAGAGGAGACCCUGGUGAUAUGGGACCAAGAGGAGAGUCUGGGCAGCCUGGACCAAAGGGAGAUCCUGGAAGACCUGGCUUUAGCUAUCCUGGACCAAGAGGAGAUCCAGGCGAAAGAGGGGACCCAGGCAAGCGUGGACCCCCUGGCAGCAGAGGAGACUGUGGUCAGAAGGGAGAUCCUGGAAAUAAAGGAACUCCAGGAGAGCCAGGUGAACCAGGGCCCACAGGGGAACCAGGGCUAAGAGGACCCAGAGGAGGUCCUGGUCGAGAUGGAGAUCCAGGUCCAGAGGGAGAUCCCGGGCUUACUGAAUGUGAUGUCAUGAACUACAUCAGAGAGACGUGUGGCUGCUGUGACUGCGAGAAACGCUGCGGGGCCCUGGAUAUCGUCUUUGUCAUUGACAGCUCAGAGUCUGUGGGACUCACCAACUUCACCCUGGAAAAGAACUUUGUCAUCAACACCAUCAACAGACUGGGAUCUUUUGCCAAGGACCCACAGUCCGAAACAGGCACAAGGGUCGGUGUGGUGCAGUACAGCCACAAUGGGACCUUCCAAGCAAUCAAUCUCAAUGACAGCAACAUCAACUCACUGACGGCAUUUAAGGAAGCUGUGAAGCGGUUAGAGUGGAUCGCAGGAGGAACCUGGACUCCAUCUGCUCUUAAGUUUGCCUACGACCACCUGAUCAGGGACAGCCGCCGAGCCAAAGCCAACGUCACGGUGGUCGUGAUUACAGACGGUCGCUUUGACCCAAGAGACGACGACAGACUGCUGCCAUAUCUGUGCAAUCACCCGGGCGUCGACGUGAGUGCCAUCGGCAUCGGGGACAUGUUUGAGCAGGUCGAGGAGAACGAGAGUCUGCAGAGCAUUGCCUGCCAGAAGGAGGGCAGAGUGAUGGGAAUGAGGCGAUUCGCAGACCUGGUGGCGGAGGAAUUCAUUGACAAGAUUGAGACCGUGCUCUGCCCUGAUCCUGUCAUCAUAUGCCCUGAUCUUCCAUGUAAAUCAGAGCCAGCUGUGGCUAGUUGUGUGCAGAGGCCGGUGGACGUGAUCUUCAUGUUGGACGGUUCGGAGAGGAUGGGCCUGGAGAACCACCUCCGGGCCAAAGAGUUCAUCGAGAACGUGGCCCGCCGCCUGACCCUGGCCAACGGCCCGACCGACGACACCAAGGCCCGUCUGGCUCUGGUGCAGUUCGGCAGUGCGGGAGACCACAAAGAAGAGUUCCCGCUCACUCAUAAUCUCACCGUCAUCGUGGAUUCGCUGGCAGCUGUGAACUAUUUGGACUCCUCGUCUGCUUUGGGCAACGCCAUCAUCUAUGCUAUAAACAACCUGGUGAUCAGACAGAAUCAACGGCUAUCCCGGCGCAACGCUGAGGUGGCCUUCGUCUUCAUCACAGAUGGAAUAACGUCCACCGACCAACUGGACGAGGGCGUGCAGGCCAUGAAGAGAGUGGAAGGCGUUCCCACGGUGAUCGCUUUGGGAGGCGACACCGACGAAGAGGUGCUGCGCCAGGUGUCAAUGGGAGACUCAUCUGCCAUCUUUAGGGGCGACGACUUCUUCGUGCUGGGCAAAUCUGCUUUCUUUGAGCGCUUCAUCCGCUGGAUUUGCUAG